GGCCGCAGCCGUCGGCGAGGGCACGUCCAGGAUGUGAGGAGCAGCCCGGCCGCGGCAGCAGUGCACCGGCGACUAAGCGCAGCGCCAGCAUGACUGAGGUGAAGGCUAAGGACCCCAGAGCGCCUCCGUCUGCCAGAGACGGGGCGGUCCUGCUGCAGGGCCACCCUGCUGGUGACCCCUUCCGCAGGGAAGCAGAGGCCAUCGACAUUUCCCUGGACGGACUGCUCUACCCCAAAAGCAGCGACGAGGAGGAGGACGAGGAGGACGAGGAGGAAGAGCCGCGGAAGCAGCCGGGGGAAGAGGACCGGGAGUCCCUCUCGUAUCGGCCAGGCAGCGGCUCCCUCUCGGAUAAGGACUCCCUGGACAGCGUCCUCGACACCUUCCUGGCGCCCGCGGCUCAUGCCAGCUCCGCCGUCGCCGCGGCGCCGUGGUCCCUAUUCGGGGCAGAGGUCUCGGAGGUGCCCAGCGCGCCGAUGAGCCGCUGCUCCGAGCACAAGGCGGGAGAAGCAGCCCUCGGCGCGGCUCCGGCGCCCGGCCCCGCGCAGCCCCCGCCGCGGCCUGCCCCACUGUGGUCUGGCGGCGACGGCCUGGCCGCCGCUACCGUUAAACCGCGGCCGGCGGGGGCCGGCGCGGAGGGGCCCGCCGCGGCCCCCAAGGGCAAAGCCCCGGGCCUGGCGGCGCUGCCCGGCGAGGAGCGCGGCUUCGUCCCCGGCAGCCGCCUGGAUCAGGACGCCGGCUCCGGCGGCGGCAGCCUGGUCCCGGCGCCGGCGGCCUCUCCGCCGGCAGCGGAGCCCGGGCAGGAUUAUCUGCACGUGCCCAUCCUGCCCCUCAACUCUGCCUACCUGGCGUCGCGUACCCGGCAGCUCCUGGACGUGGAGGAGUACGAGAGCGGCGCCUUCGGCCAGCGCGCCUCGCCCGCCGCCCCCGCCGCCGACUUCGCGGACUUCGUCUACCCCGCGGCCGAGGCCAAGGAGGGGCCCUUCGCCUACGGCGACUUCCCGCCCGCUCUGAAGAUCAAGGAGGAGGGCAUCAGCCUCCCCGGCCCGUACCUGGGCGCCAAGAGCGCCGCGGCGGCGGCGGGCUGCGCCGACUUCGCGCAGCACCCGCGGCCCAGCCAGGACUCCUCGCUGGAGUGCGUCCUCUACAAAACGGAGUCGUCCCUCCUGGCCGGGGCCUACGGGCCGGCGGCGGCGGCAGGGCCACCCGACAGCCUGCCCUCGACCUCCGCGGCGCCGCCGGGCCUCUACCCGCCGCUCGGCCUCAACGGCCACCAGCCCCUGGGCUUCCCGGCGGCGGUGCUGAAGGAGGGCUUGCCCCAGCUGUGCCCGCCCUACAUCGGCUACAUUCGGCCAGAUACAGAAACCAGCCAAAGUCCUCAAUACAGCUUUGAAUCCUUACCGCAGAAGAUUUGUCUCAUCUGCGGUGAUGAGGCUUCUGGUUGCCACUAUGGAGUACUUACCUGUGGAAGUUGUAAAGUCUUCUUUAAAAGGGCAAUGGAAGGGCAGCACAACUAUUUAUGUGCUGGAAGAAAUGACUGUAUAGUUGACAAAAUUCGUAGGAAGAACUGUCCAGCAUGUCGCUUGAGGAAGUGCUGUCAAGCUGGUAUGGUCCUGGGAGGUCGAAAAUUUAAAAAGUUUAACAAAAUUAAGGUUGUGAGAACAUUAGAUGUCGCACUCCAGCAGCCAGCAGCCCUUCAAGAUGAAAGUCAAUCACUAACCCAGAGGCUGUCUUUUUCUCCAAAUCAAGAAAUACAGUUUGUUCCCCCAAUGAUAAGUGUUUUACGAGGUAUUGAGCCAGAAGUUGUCUAUGCUGGUUAUGACAAUACAAAGCCUGAAACACCAAGUUCCUUGCUGACCAGUCUAAAUCAUCUUUGUGAGAGGCAACUUCUUUGUGUAGUCAAGUGGUCUAAAUUGCUACCAGGAUUUCGGAAUUUACAUAUUGAUGAUCAGAUAACCCUCAUCCAAUAUUCCUGGAUGAGUCUAAUGGUUUUUGCAAUGGGAUGGAGAUCGUACAAACAUGUCAGUGGCCAGAUGUUAUAUUUUGCACCAGAUUUGAUACUAAAUGAACAGAGGAUGAAAGAAUCAUCGUUCUAUUCACUGUGUCUAUCCAUGUGGCAGCUCCCACAGGAAUUUGUCAGACUUCAAGUUAGCCAAGAAGAGUUCCUAUGUAUGAAAGCACUUUUACUUCUCAAUACAAUUCCUUUGGAAGGUCUAAGAAGUCAAAGCCAAUUUGAUGAGAUGAGAACAAGCUACAUUAGGGAACUGGUGAAGGCAAUUGGUAUGCGCCAAAAAGGCGUUGUAGCCAAUUCACAACGUUUUUAUCAACUUACAAAACUGAUGGAUUCCAUGCAUGACCUAGUGAAACAGCUCCAUCUCUUCUGUCUCAACACAUUUCUCCAGUCCCGUGCACUAAGUGUUGAAUUCCCCGAGAUGAUGUCAGAGGUGAUUGCUGCACAGCUACCCAAGAUUCUAGCAGGGAUGGUGAAACCUCUUCUCUUUCACAAAAAGUGAAAUGUCUUUUCUCUUAUCAUAGAGAUGAUUUCUGGGUCAUUUUUUUGUUUGUUUAUUUUGGUCAAGAUUUUACAAUGUCAGGACUUCAGUAUAUUUGUCAUACUUGCCCUACCUAUUGCUUUAUACUUGUAACAUACACAACCAUGUAAGUUUGAUGUACAUAUUAUGAGUUCCUGAUUCCUUUUACUGCAGAAAUCACAACAGUCAUUAGAAUGUUUUGUAAACUUGGCUAGAUUGCUCUUUAGAUAUGCGUACAAAAGAUAAUGAAAAGAGCUUUCAGAUUUCUAAGAACAGAUAUCUUACACAUUUUUCUUACAUAUUAUACACUUUCAAAUUUCUUAUAUGACAUGGUGUAAACUUUUUAAUACAUUAUGUGCAUGGGUACCU